GUUCACGUCCCGCCGGCUCCUUUUCCUGCUGUUUCGGCACCUGUUCCUGGAUCUCGUCUCCAUCUGCCGCCGGUUCCGCCUGUUGCGGGGAUGGAGUUUGUGGCCGCGGGUGGUGGCGCGGCGGCGGCUCAGUAUGCUCUCCAAGUUGCUGCCGAUGAGCCGCUUCAGUUCCUGGCUGAGGCACUCCAGCCUCCGCAGACCCAUGUUCCCGAGGCGACACUCGGCCAGCUCCACCGCCUCGCGGACAGUCUCCACGCGUUGCUGCUGAUUCAGGUGCUUUCUCAUUCGUCCUUCGCCGUGAUUCCUCCUGAGACUUUCCGUGGCCGCCAUCGUGAAACUUGCCUGGACGCGGCAGACCAGCUCGCAGCGCUGCUGGCGCACGUGCUGGCUGCGCUCGCGGAGGGUGGCGCUGCUGCUGCGGGACAGCUUGACGAAGCUGUCCGGGGCUUGAGGCGGCACUUGCGCGCAGGAUCUGGAGCUGUGGCAAUCGGCGCAAGCACGCUUGUGGUCCGGGAGCUGUGGCGCUUCCUGACGGGCGUUCUUCACGCCCUUGGAGCUCACCGCAUGUAG